AUGAGCUCCGAACAGGACCUCCGCCAUGCCAUUUCCCUCCGGCCCAUGCCCUUCCCCCACCACCACCAGUCCCGAUCAGAGACGCCCGUCCGACAUGAGACGCCUCCGAUUCCCUCCGACAAGGCCGACAAAGCAGGCACUAGCACAGCCCUAGAACCCGUCACGCCUCCCGAAGAGCACCGCGAUCCCAUAGCACGCCAUCCAGCCCGCUUCGACAACUCGGACACUGACGAUGCCGAGGCUCAGCGCCUGCCCAGCUACAGCCGCGAAAGCGACCCGUUCCGCCUCUCCAGCAAGCUGAAAUCUGCCAGCGAGCUUGAGAGAAUCGGCGCCAAUACUUCGAGAAAGCGCGAUGGGUGUGGGCCGUUUGUCACAAACAAGGAUGCGUGGAAGGCGCGGAAGAUACAGGGCUUCUACGAGGCGCAGAAUGAGAACAUCCAGAGGCUCCUGAAGCCCGUGGACGAGCAUAGGCGUCAGGCAAAGGAGGAGCAAGGGGACGAGCAGCUACGGUUCAGGAUUGCUGUCCAGGGCAGCUUUGCGGCCAACAUUCUGCUCGCGGGCCUGCAGCUGUACGCCGCCAUCGCCUCCGGGUCGCUGUCGCUCUUCACAACCAUGGCGGAUUCUCUGUUCGACCCGCUGUCGAACCUCAUGCUCAUCCUCUCCAACCGGGCCGUCAACCGUGUGGACCCGCGCAAGUUCCCCUCAGGCAAAGCGCGCAUCGAGACGGCAGGCAACAUCGUCUUCUGCUUCCUUAUGUGCGCCGUCUCCUUCAUCCUGAUCGUAAUGUCCAGCCGGGACCUCGCGGUGGGCCACGGCGAGGACACCAAGGGCUUCCACCUGCCGGCUGUGAUCGCGGUGGCGAUAGCGUUCUGCACCAAGCUCACGCUAUUUCUGUACUGCUGGGCGCUGCGGAACAAGUACUCGCAGAUCCGCAUCUUGUGGGAGGAUCACCGGAAUGAUCUGUUGAUCAACGGGUUCGGUCUUCUUACCUCUGUGCUGGGGAGUAAGCUCAGGUGGUGGAUCGAUCCGAUGGGCGCGAUUAUUCUGUCGUGUCUUAUCGUGUUCCUUUGGCUUAGGACUGCGUACUCGGAGUUUCAGCUGCUGAUUGGGGUGUCGGCGGAUCCGCAUAUGCUGCAGCUGAUCACAUACAUCUCGAUGACACACUCGCCCUUCGUCCGUGCAAUCGACACCGUUCGCGCUUAUCAUAGCGGGCCGCGCCUCAUUGUUGAGGUGGAUAUCGUGAUGGAUCCCGAGGAGACGUUGCGGGCAACGCAUGACGUUGCUGAGGAGCUGCAGACGAAGCUUGAGAGCUUGCCAAACGUGGAAAGGGCGUACGUGCAUGUGGACUUUGAGACAUCGCAUGCGCCAGAGCACUUUUGGAAGAAGGAGUUGUAA